CCGGUCUCUUCUCUCACGCACUCGAAAAACCCCCACAAAACCCUAAACCCAUGGCGCCGCCCACCGCCCCAACGGCCGGCGCUCGCCUCGUCCUCCGCCGUCUCCUCUCCACGGCCCCCGCCGCCUCCGAGGCGGCGGCGGCGGCCGUGGCUCCGGCGGCCGAGAAGGCCGUUGCGAAGGGCGCCGAGGCCGCGGCGGGGGAGAAGGACGCGCGGUCGCUGUACCGGCGGCUGUCGGCGCUCGGCGGCGCGGGGAAAGGGAGCGUGUCGCGGGUGCUCAACAAGUGGGUGCGCGAAGGGCGGGGGGCGCGUGCCGAGGAUCUCGCCAAGUACGUCAAGGAGCUCCGCAAGUACAAGCGCCACGCCCACGCCCUCGAGUUGAUGGAUUGGAUGGUUAAUACGAAGGGUAUGAACAUGUCAUACACUAAUCAUGCCAUACGUUUGGAUCUCAUUUAUAAAGUGCAUGGCAUUGAGGCAGCAGAAAAAUACUUUGCUGACCUCCCUGAUCCAGCCAAGAACCAUCGAACUUAUGGUGCACUUUUGAACUGUUAUUGCUCUGCCAAAAUGGAAGAGAAAGCAAUGGACGUCUAUCGCAAGAUGGAUGAACUUGGCAUCUCAUCCAGUACUCUUCCCAUCAACAACCUGAUGUCUCUUUAUGUGAAGCUAGGCCAGCAUAAGAAGGUUACUAGCCUGUUUGAAGAGAUGAAAGUGAAGAAUGUUAAACCGGAUAACCUCACAUGCUGCAUUCUGAUGAGUAGCUAUGCAGCAUUGAACAAGAUAGAUUCUGUUGGAGAGGUUCUAAAAGAAAUAGAAGAAAAAGAAGUGACUUUGGGGUGGUCUGCAUAUAGCACACUCGCUUCCAUCUAUGUAAAUGCUGGUAUGGUUAAAGAAGCAGAAUCUGCUCUGAAGAAACUGGAGGGGCUUGUUCAUGUUAAUGAUGGCAGGCAGCCUUUUGAUUUCCUUAUGAGCCUAUAUGCAUCAGCAGGCAAUCUUGGUGAGGUCAACAGAGUAUGGAACUUGAUAAAGACUACUUUCCAGAAGGUGACUAACACCAGCUACCUUGGCAUGCUUCAAGCUCUUUAUAAACUUGAUGAUGUUGAUCGCAUGAAGCAGAUUUAUGAGGAUUGGGAAUCUAAUUAUCAAAAUUAUGACAUAAGGCUGACAAAUAUGAUGACCCGAGCACAUUUAAGAAAUGGCAUGGCCAAGGAAGCUGAAUUAUUGUGGGAGAAGGUCAAGGAAAAAGGUGCAGAUGUUGAUUCCAAAACAUGUGAGUUGUUUCUGGAGCAUUACAUGACGAAAGGGGACAUGACCUCUGCUUUGAACUGGGUUGAGAAUAUGACCAAACUUCCGGAAAAAAAAAGGAUGCUAGAUCAGGAGAAGAUAAGCAAGUUCUUUAAGUAUUUUGAAGAACACAAGGAUGUGGAAGGUGCCGAAAGGUUUUGCAACUGCCUGAGGCAGGUAGGAUCCAUUGACAGCAAGGCAUAUGAAUUCCUCCUGCGGACCUAUGUGGCAGCUGGUAAGACGAGUCGUUCAAUUCGCCAAAGGAUCAAAGAGGAUAAGAUUGAGAUAUGCUAUGACAUUGGGAAAUUACUCAAGAGGAUUGGCGACAAGGGACGCUGAAAUAUUUAUCGGCAGUCAUAUAGUUUGUGUCAGCGAUUCCUUCUGAUCCUCCCUGAGCAGCACAAAGCAGAUUUGUUCAAGAGUGAACUGUUCUUCCUUCUUCCUCCAUUCCAUGUAGAGGAUACUUCAUGGGUAGGGAUGCUGUUCCAGCCUUUGGUGCUUUUUCAAGAAGCAUGCUAGGGUAAAGGCUUUCUCUUCAAGUGCAACGUGUAGUCUUUUCUGAGGAGGCUUUUGCCAACACUUCUUUUCUGCUUUACUUUCUGAACGAAAUGGCUGUUUCAGACAUACAGUACUGAAGCAAGAAUCCUACUACAGAAUCGAGAAUCGUUGCUGUUCCCAUCUCUUGUAGUCAGUGUGCUAUCAGUUUGAUGCCCUGACAAUGAUAUGUGCUUGCUGGUCUGAGGUGAGAUGUGGAUAGGUCUUUGUGAACAGGGAAGCCAUUCGGACAGGAAGUAAUUGCUUGCAGAAUUGGGAGACAAGGCGUCAACAAAAACACCUUCCAUAGGCUUCUGUCGUGUCAUACCGUGCAAGAGUAAGGGAUCGAAGACGUUAGAUCAAAUUUGAGGUGAAUUUAUUUGGCCAUAAAAUUCGGGCGAUUAACUUUAUAAAUUACAUUAAGGUGAGGUGCAAAUGAUAUAGGAUGUUUGAUAGUAUCAUACGAGUGCGUAGUAUAAUUGUAGUUGUCUUCUUAACCAAACUAGUUUUGAAUCAGUAUGUUCGUUUAUGUUGUCUAUUUGUCAUGCGAUACCAUAUGCUGGAAAAUCAACAUUACAUAACGUGUUAUAGCUAUGUCGGGGUUUCACUAUUGAUGCUAUUGGUUUGAACAUGAUGCACAUUAACAGGCGUACAAAA